AUGGCGGACGAAGGUGGCGGAGGAGAUGGAGGCGCAAAAACUGCGGCGAAAAAAUCACUCCGUCCAGAAAUACAACUAUACCGACCAGGUGAGUGAACUUUUUAAGAAAAUGGAAGAAACAUGUGAUAGAUUUUCUUUUCGAUUUUCUUUCUAUUUACUAUCAUUUUCAUUUCAUUACAUGAAAUUACAUAAGAUUGGUUAAAUGGGCAAAUAUUUGAUAUAGAUUUGUUCUUUCAUGAGUUUAUCAAGAUUGUUUCCAGGAAUGCUUCGAAAAGGCGAUAGCACAAAAAGUCUGGCCACCGACGAACGACCACCAAGACCAGAAAACUUGAGUGGAGCUGGUGGAACUCAUUAUGUCGCUUCAAAUUCUUCAAGAAGAAGAUCGAAUGAUGCAGAUAGUAUUACAUCUAGUGGGUUUUCUCGAUUUUUGAAGAAAAAACUGUAAGUUCACAAUUUUGUUCAGGAAAUGGUUCUGGAAGUACAACUCCUGAUGCGAAUGCGAUUAACGAGCAACGAAAAUAUCCGAAUCCUCGAGAUCAAAAUCGACGAAAUGGUGAAUCUUCGUCUUAUGUAAGUGUUUUUUUUCUAUUACGAGAAUGUUUUUUAUUUAAAAAAAACAAAAGUUAUUUUCUAGAACUCAACUCAAUCUUUAUAUGAUUCUCGACAAAGUGGAGGAUAUGUUCGAGGUGGAAAUUCAUCGGGUUAUCAGAAUCGACAAAAUCCCAAUCGACGAAGUUAUCCAUCUCAGAACUUUGAAAGGAAUUUUGUGAGUUUUUUUUUGAGUCAAAACUGGGCUACUGAAAAAAGUCUUUAAAAAUAGUAUAUUGAUUAUCCAGUGAUGUUUUUCUAGUUUAAAAUUUAUCAAACAUUUUAUUUAGAAUCGCCCAAAUUACCACCAUAAUCAUCAAAAUGGCGGAUCUGGCUUCAAUGAUCGAGCAUCGAUGCGAGGAGAUGGUGCAAUUACCAAAAGAAAUGAUCAUCAAGGAGGAAGAAGACGGCGAAAUGAUUCGAUAAAUAGUACGCAAAGUGAAAUGCCACAAUCAAAUGUAAGUGAAGAACGGGUUUUUUAAACUUUUUAGUGUUUUUUAUAUUGUUUGAAACACAGCAAAUUAAAUUAGCUCAUAUUAUUCAAAAAUUCUUUUUUGUUUGCUUCCUGAAAAUUUUUUUGACCUUAUCUGAAACUCUGAAAAUUCAAAUUGUUAACAUCAAAAAACAUUCCGAAGAAUGUACGCUUCAAAAUUUUUUGAUAUUUUUAGAGGGUUUUGAAAUUUUUGCUUCGUUUCCCGAUGUAUCAUAAAACUUAAAUAAUAAGGAAAUUUCAGAUUUAUUCUGAAAUUGAAAAAACAUUAGAUUUCUGGUGUGAACCUUGACGUAGUAUUUUUUCAUUUGAAAAAAAUUAAGCUCCGCAGAUUCACACCAUUUUUCUUAUAAAUAAAUUUUACAGAAUGAUCAAUUACAUAUCGAUACAUCUUAUGAUUCUGUAUCACAAUGCGGUGCAUCUUCUGCAUUUUCAAUGGAUUCACUUGGAGAAGCAAUGUCUUUUGAAGAAAUGUGUGCAUCGAUGCAAUCAUUUGGUUCUCUUGAUUGGAGUAAAGAAGUUGAAAAUGAAUUUGCAUUGAAAUUAGAAAGAGAAGAACAAGAAGCUAAAAGAUUGGCUGAAAUUCAACAACAACAACAACAACAACAGGUUGCUCCAAAGAUAUUAACGAGACCAAAUACAAAUCGAACUAACAAUAAAAGUGAGCCAAUGAAAAGAUCACCAAGAAAUCAUCGAAGAAGAAAUCAACGAGGAUUUGCUGAUGAAUCAGAUCGAGAAUCUUCAUUUGGUGGAAGUAUUGCUGAAGAAGAAGGUGAAGAUUUGGAAGGAGGUGAACAAGAAGAAUUGAAGAGUGGAGAGAGAACACCAACUUCGACUAGAGAUAAUUAUAUUUAUCAACCAAGAGCAAGAAAUAAUGAGAAUAAACGAGAGACGCAGAGACAAAGAAGAAAUAAUCAAGAGGAGAAAAGGUGGGGGUUUGAGCAAAAUUUUAACGUGAUUUUUUGAAAUGUCAUGUUUUGGGACUUCAAAAUUUGAAUUUUGCGCUAAAAUUGAUUUGAAAAAUAGAUGAAAGUCUCAAAAGCACAAAAAAAAUUUCAAUUGAAAAAUUUGAAAAAAUUCUGCACGGUUUUCUUUCAACUAACUCUGGGAGAAAUGUUCAGUUUUCAUUUAUUUUCUCUGAGUUUCUACUAUUUUUUUCCUCAAAACUCGGCCCAUUUCAGAUAUCGAGGUGAACACGAUGAUCGCGAAGAUGAAUCGACAAAAUACGACGCUUUUUCACAUAUGACAAGUGGAAGACUUGCCGGAAGAAUUUCGAUUGUUAAAAAAGAACCAGUUGAAACAACAUCUUCAACUUCUCCAAUAAAUAAUAAAACGAAUACAAAAUACAGGUGA